UAGGUGUAGUCACAUGACUCUGCCAGUCUCCGAACAGUGUCUGGAGCUGCGGAGUUUUCAGCUGGUCGUCGUGAGUCCUGACGUGACAACAUGGCCUACCCCGGGCUCCUCGUCCCUAUAAUCGUCAUGACUGUGUUCUGGGGCAUUGUGGGCGCUGUGCUGCCGUGGUUCGUCCCCAAAGGACCAAAUCGAGGGGUCAUCAAUACAAUGCUGGCGACGUGUGCGGUCUGCUGCUACUUGUUCUGGCUCAUUGCAAUUCUGUCCCAGUUAAAUCCUUUAUUUGGACCUCAGCUAAACUCUGAAGUGAUCUAUUACCUGAAAAACCAUUGGCCUUAAACCAGUUUGCCUUAUCCAGGACAAUAACCAGAUGAAGACUUGCCUUAAUGUUUUCCAGUACCUUAAAUGCCUUAAUACUUGUAUUACUUGAGUUUUCUCAGCUGUUAAUGCAAUCCUAAUACUUGGACACCAUGUUGCCUUUCUUCACUCUAAAUAUCCACAUUGUACUCCAUGAGUCACAUUUUAUUUGGGACCCUAAGUCUAGUAAUUCUGUUAAAGUGUAUCUGACUGAUUAUAAACCACAUUCCAAAAAUCAAUAGUACAAAUGAAGA